AUGGAUAACUUAAUUGUUACAGUUGAUCAAACAUCUUCAAAAUCAAAAUCAACAUCAACAUCAAUAUCAGCAUCGAUAUCAACAUUAACAUCAACACCAACUCCAACAUCAAAAUCAACAUCAACAUCAGCAUCAACAUCAAUAUCAGCAUCGACAUCAACAUUAACAUCAACAUCAACACCAACUCCAACAUCAACACCCACACCCAAUUCAUCAAUCUAUGAAUUUAUUUCGCAGACACUACAAUGA